AUGUCUUCCAAAGCACGCGUUCUUAUCUACGUGCUGCGCCGCGACUUACGACUUGCCGACAAUCCCAUAUUUCACGAAGUGUCAAGACUUUUCCAACAAUCUCAGCACCCGUUUACACACUUCCUUCCUGUUUACACGUUUCCAGCCAAUCAGGUCGAGGUCUCUGGAUUCAUACCAGAUUCCUCUCAUAAGUCACCAUACCCAGAAGCUAGAGCACCGGUCAGUGGCUUCUGGCGAUGUGGUAAGCUCAGGGCCAAAUUCCUGGCAGAAAGUGUAUGGGACCUGAAAAAGGACUUGGAAAGAGUUGGCAGUGACCUUCAAGUACGAGUCGGUACCGUCCACGAUGCGGUCCGAAGUAUACUUCAAGGCUACAAGGACCAUGAAGAGGUGGACAUUGCAGGUGUAUGGAUGACCAACGAGGAAGGUGUCGAAGAAAAGAGGGAGGAGAAAGAUGUCAGGAAGCUUUGCAAAGAGUUCGACUCCGAAUUCAAGCUCUGGGUGGACGAGAAGUAUCUCGUGGAUGAUCGCGACCUUCCAUUCAAAGAUCCGAGUCAAUUGAACGACGUCUUCACUGCAUACAGAAAGACCGUGGAGCCUCUGAGAUCCGCGCCGCGCAAGACUCUCCCAGCGCCUGAUACCCUGCCACCUCUCCCAACCCAUAUCCCCGCACAAUCCGAACCCUUCAAGAUUCCGAACUCUCUGGAAGGCACCAUAUCAGCACUCAGUAAGCCACUCGGAGAUGAUCUCGGCAUUUCAAACGUAGCGAAGUGGCCCAAAGGAGCAGAAUCUGCACAUCCAUAUGGAGGUGGUUCUAAAUCAGGACACGAGCGCAUCGACCAUCUCAUCGAGAGCGGCAGCAUGACGACAUACAAAGACACACGCAACGGGCUAUUGGGCGAGGACUUUAGCACAAAACUAUCUGCAUGGUUGGCGCUUGGGUGUUUUACGGCACGUCAAGUACACUGGAAGCUGGUUGAUUUUGAAGACGGCAAGACAACACUAGGAAAAGGUGCACCAGGCUACGGCAAGGGUGAGAACAAGGGCACAGCCGCUGUUCGCUUUGAGCUCUUAUGGAGAGACUACAUGCGCCUGUGCACGCGUAAAUUUGGACCUCGCCUGUUUCAAGUAGAGGGCUUCAGGAACGACCAGAACGCAUCGUGGAAGUACAUCUCUAGCCCCUUCAGCGAUUCAACCGACAAAAAGAAUAAGGGUGGCAGCAACGACGAUGCCACUGCAGCGGCUGUGUUGCGCUUCGUUACCGGUAGAACUGGCACAGGGCUUAUCGAUGCCAGUCAACGCGAACUCUUCUUGACCGGAUACACGUCAAACCGCGCAAGACAAAACGUUGCAAGCUAUCUGUCUAAGCACCUAGGAGUCGACUGGCGCAUCGGCGCUGAAUGGUACGAGUGUAAUCUCAUCGAUUACGAUCUCUCAAACAACUGGGGAAACUGGCAAUAUGUAGCUGGUGUAGGAAACGACCCUCGUGGCGAAUCGCGCGUCUUCAACCCUGUCAAGCAAGCUCUGGACUACGACUCUCAAGGCGAAUACAUCCGCACAUGGGUUGAAGAACUCAGAGACGUGAAAGUGGGCACCCAGAGCGAAGGAACGCAAGACCCACAAAACUUGAUGGGCGUCUUUCAAGCAUGGAGACUGCCCGAGGAAGAGAAGAAGAGAUUGGGCAUACAGUCGGUAGAGUGGGUACAGAAGCCUCUAGUCAAGAUCGACUUCUCGCUCAACAGACGAGGCGGUGGUAGUAAGCGUGGUCGCGGCAAUGGACGUGGUGGCCGCGGAGGAGGUCGUGGAGGAAGAAACGACAGAAGAAGUACGCCUGAGAAGGCACAUGCAUAA